UUCGCGACAAAAGAGAGAGAGAGAGAGAGAGAGAGAGGGAAAAAGAAAAUGGAUUCUCGGGCUUUGGCAGCUUUACUUUCUUCCCUUGUCUCUGAACUUGUCCUGCUGCUGUUGCUCCUUUUCCCUUCAACUCCUCUCUCCAUCACCGCCAAUUUCAAUUCCAAUUCCAAUUCUAAUUCCAAUAAUUCCGAUCCCCCCACUCCCAAUUCCGGCGCAAAUCUUUUCCAUCUGAUCCAGUAUUUCCUCUCCUCCUCCGAAGUCGCUGCCUCUCUUGCACUGCUCGCCGUUUCCAAGAAACGGAAGAGAACCCAUGACCCAGAAUCCGAUUCUGAUUCCGGGGAUGAAGAGAAAGAGACCGAACCUGGGAUUCGACUCGGCGGCGAUGCCUGGGCGCAGCUGAGUCUAGCUCGGAGUCCCGACUCGUUCAAGCUCUGUUUCAGAAUGACUUCCUCCACGUUCGAGUGGCUCUCCGGCCUGCUGGAGCCAUUGCUCGAGUGUCGUGACCCGGUUGGGUUGCCGCUGAAUCUUUCAUGCCAGAUUCGACUCGGCAUCGGGCUUUUUCGGCUGGCCACCGGGUCUGAUUACCCGGAACUAGCUCGGCGGUUUGGGGUUUCCGAGUCCGUGACCCGGUUUUGUGCCAAGCAGUUGUGCCGCGUUCUCUGUACAAAUUUCCGGUUCUGGGUCGCCUUUCCGGGCCCCGCAGAUCUUGAAUCCGCGUCGGCUGAGUUUGAAAAUCUCACCGGAAUGCCCAAUUGUUGUGGUGUAAUUGAAUGUACAAGGUUUAAGAUCCUUAGAAGUAGUGGGCAUAGAUUGUCGUCGGAAAAGGAAGAUCAAUUUUUCGAAGAGACUAUCGCUGCUCAAAUUGUGGUCGAUUCGUCGUCAAGAAUUCUGAGCAUUAUUGCGGGUUAUCGCGGCGAAAAGGGCAAUUCACGGGUUCUGAAGUCGUCGACUCUGUAUAAAGACAUCCAAGGAGGCAGCUUAUUGAAUGGUCCGUCGGUUUUUGUGAAUCGGAUUGCGAUAGAUCAAUACUUGGUCGGAAAUGGAGGGUACCCUUUGCUUCCUUGGUUAAUGGUUCCAUUUGUUGCUCCCGUCGCUGGAUCGUGCGAAGAAAAUUUCAAUGCUGCACAUAAUGCAAUGCGGCUUUCGGCUAUUCGAACUUUGGGGAGUUUGAAGAACUGGGGCGUUCUGAGCCGUCCGAUGCAGGAGGAGUUCAAGACAGCCGUCGCAUAUAUUGGUGCUUGCUCGAUUCUUCAUAAUGUUUUGCUAAUGAGGGAUGACAAUUCGGCUUUGGAAGAUUACCCAUUUCAUGAUCAGAGCUCUCAGUCCUGUUACUACAGGGAUACUAGCUUGGAGGGGAAUUUGAUGGAGAAGAAGGCUUCUGCCAUAAGAAAUGCAUUGGCUACAAGGGCAAGAGUGUUUUAAAAUUUAAAGCUUCAUAUGACUCCUGGAUUUUUGCGGCAAGAGAUUGCAGCCCAACUAAGUGAUUGCUUUUUGUAGGUUUCAAAUGAUGAAGCUGUUCUGGCUUUCUUUAACAUUUCUGAGGUAGGUAGCUUAGUAAUUUCUUUUGACAGUCACUAUGGUCCUUCUGACUAAAGAUUUUUCUUGACAUUUUUUGAGUUAGGCAACGAUUUUUUCUUGCUUUUGAAUUGGUUUUGGAAGAUGUACCCAAAUUAGCAUUUUUUUUUUUAUUAUUAGAAUGCAACGAAAUGGGUUUUUUUUUUCCUGUUGAAAUUGUAAAUGCUAUCUGUGGCGUUGUUUCUUUCCUAAUAGUGAUAUAUUUUUUUCCCUCCUAAUUCGAAUAAAGCUGCUC